AUGACGAGCGAGCCGGUUCACUUCUACGGUCGGAAUAAACCGUUUAAUGAAUUUAGUAAUUUUCACGAAGCUCCCAUUGAAUUGGAUGGAUACACAUGGCCAACGACUGAACAUUAUUUCCAAGCACAGAAGUUUGUUCACGAUCAAGAACAUUAUCUACAUGUCUUGAACUUACCCGCUCCACGUGCGGCAUUUAAUUACGUACGAACGUAUAAAUCUUUCGUUCGACCUGAUUGGGCAGAUGUAAAAGAUGAAGUUAUGCUUAAAGCUUGCAUGGCUAAGUUUGGACAACAUAAAGAACUGAAAGACUUAUUAUUGUCAACUGGUGACCGACUUUUAGUCGAACAUACGGAAAAUGAUUCUUAUUGGGGAGAUGGUGGCGAUGGAAGCGGAAGAAAUCAAUUGGGCAUUACUUUAAUGAAAAACGGAUUUUCAACAGAAAUUCACGAACGUGUGGCAGCUUUUGGUGACGCUGGAGGUUCAUUCGCAUUAUAG